GAUGCCAUUAACGUUCAGUCAAAAUUAACUUAGGCAGAGGCGCAGCGGCACAAACACUACGUUACACCUCUACUGUAUAAAAGAAGUUGAGCCCACAUGGUAAUCCCGCUUGAGUGAAAGUGCCGGGUAGUUCCGUGUGGGUGGUGUUUAUAGGGCGGAGUCGUGCCUCUGGAUACUCAGGAGCGCGUAAAGCUCCGACCUCAGAUCAGUCAGAGGAAGCGAGAGGGACGCAGCUCAGGGAAUAACAGCCAACAGGUCUCAAUGGACCUGUUCCUAAUUGUGUUUUGGCCAAUCAUGUUUCAGCCAUCUCUCUCAGUGUUGUUCACUGUUCGGGCCGCGCAAACCACGUAUGAGUCACAGUUUGGAGGAGAUGUCGUGAUUGGCUGCAAGUUUCAGCCCAAACCGUCAAAUCGUAACGCUGACCUGAAGGUGACCUGGCACUGGAUCGGCUCCCCCUCGGCUCGGGAAGUUUACCGUAUGGAAAACUGGGCGGAGGUCGGUGCGUCCCAGGAUCCGGACUAUCGGGGUCGAGUGAAGCUUCUCACUGAGGAGCUGGAGAAAGGCGAGGCCAAGUUGCAGGUCUCAAGGCUCAGGAUCAAUGACUCUGGGACCUACCAGUGUUUGGUACAGACAGAACAAGGAGCUGAUUACAAAGCGAUAACUUUGUCCGUCGUAGCACCUUACAGAGCCGUGGUUAAACGCGUUCAGAAGGCUGCAGAUGAGGGUUGGUUGCUGCUAACCUGCCAGUCUCAGGGAUACCCCGAGUCCUCCGUCACGUGGCACGAUGGACACCUGCAAAGUGUCAGUCCCGAUACCACCGCUGUAUCAACUGAAGACCUGCGUUUCACAGUCACCAGUCAGAUACGCGUCAGAUCAACGGACAGAAAAAACUACACUUGUUCAUUUACGCAGGAUGGAAAUUCUGCAACGUUUCACAUCCCAGAUGAAAUUCCUGUUCUUCAUGUACAAAAGGAUGCUCUCAUCGUUGUGUUCAGCAUAGGAGUGAUAAUGGUUGUCAUCAUCAUUGCAGUGCUCAUGUAUCGACGACGAAAAGGUAUUCGGCUUGGUACCAGGAACCUUCUGGCCUGUUGUCGGAGCAAGUCUAUUCCUGCUGUUGACUGCCUCAAAAACGAAAAGGACAGCGAGGAAGCAAUAGGAGUUUUUGAUGAAGUUUCCAUGGAGGAAAAUAUGGGGGUGUUUCUGAAAGCAAGCUAUCGUGACUUCUCUUUCAGCCCAGAGGUGAGACACCACUGGAAUUCCUUCGUUGUGGAGGAGCUGCCUCACAGGCUGAAUAACAAUGAGGGGCAACCUGUCAAUCUUCAAGCUUUACUGCCGGAAGCAGGAGAGACCCUUUUCCUUGAAGGACCCCCAGGAAGCGGCAAGACGACCGUAGCCCGCAUCCUGGUCUCGUCUUGGUCUGAGGGGUCCGCACACCCCCUCUCUAACGUCCUCGACCUCAGCACCCUUCCACUUCUCUUUUACGUCGACUGCGGAAAAGUGAAGGGCGACCUGUUUCAGGAAAUCGCAAUUCAGCUCUCUCUCACGGAGAGGAUACCCGCGGAGGGUGAGCUGAGGACGGUGAUGACCGGCGCCGCUGAGGCUCUGCUGCUGUUGGACGGGUACAGAGAAGGGAACCCCCUCUUCGAUGAGUCCUUGAGGAGGUUUCUAGUGGAAAAAGGAGGGUGCAGGGUGUUGGUCGUGGCCUGCCAGGGACACUGGCCCACACUCAAGGACACAGUUGAGACACGGAGGGUGCUGCAGCUCCAAGCAGUACGACGUACAGAGGACUCGCGUGUAUGUGAAUAACAAAGACAUUGAGCAAGUAUUACAUGUUAAACAAACAUGUUUUUGUAUGAGCCCAAACAUGCUGCAAAAUGUGUUGAUUUAUAUGCGCUGUAUAUACUAAUUAUGCAUUCUUUACAAGGCCCUAAUAAUAUUUAUUAAAACUAUUACCAAUAAUAUGUACCAAUUCUUCUUUUUAAGAAAGUACAUCAUUCUG